AAUAGGAGGCCAUAGGACAAGUCUUUCAGUAAUGACUUUUAAAAUCAGUUGUUGAGGUUAAAAACGGGGUCGUGGUUUUCUCUGCGGCGUUUCGCACGUUUGCCAUCAUACUCGGUUCUUAACUUUCUAGACCCUUCCCCCCCUUAACUCGCGCACCCUUCUGCCCUCUUCCAUUCUGCUUUCUCGUCCCCUUAUUCCAGCAGUUCUCAACUUCGGGGUCACGGCCCCUGUCGGGGGUCCAAUGGCCCUCUCACAGGGGUCACAUAUCAGAUAUCCUGGAUAUCAGAUACUUACGUCAUGAUUCAUAACAGCAGCAAAAUUAUAAUUAUGAAGCAACAUUGGGAGUCAUGACAUGAGGAACUGCAUUCAAGGGUCCCAGCGUUAGGAAGCCUGAGAACCACUGUUUUACUCCUUAGUCCUCGCUUUCCCUCCCCACAAGUUCUCUUCCUCUUUUUCUCGGGUCACGGUCCCCCUGCUACUCCCACCACGCGCAUGCGCACACUUAAACCAACGUUCCACGUGAGAGGAAACACGGUGUUUGUCUUUCUGGGUUUGGCUCAUUUUGUGUAGCCUAACUAUCUCCAGCUGUGUUUCACUCACCCUGGGCGUCAUGAUUUAUUUAUUUAUUUUUCCUUACAGCUAAAUGGAAUUCCGUUGUAUGUGCCCGCCACGUUUUCUGUAUGUGCCCGUUUGUUUGAUGGGCAUCUAGGCUGCUCCGUUUCCUGGCUAAUGUAGAUCUUGAAGCAACAAUGUGGAUGUAGAAGCAUCUCUGAGAAGAACUCCUGGUGGGGCAAAGACAUGUAGCAUGGACAUCGUCAAAUGAACAGGAGGAGCUACAAGGAAAUAGUUUAAAGAGGAUUGGGAUAGAGCGGUGAAAACAGCUUUUUCUGUGGAGUUGAAUGAUGGGCAUUUUUAGUUGAAGAAGCAGGGUUGGGGGAGGGCAUUCUUAUUCAUCACAAGGAACACACUUCUUGCUAUUUUUUUCCCUCAAAGGAAAGAAACUGCUUCUCAGUCUUCUGUGAUAGAUGGCAGAUACCUCGAGGGAGCCUCUAGGAUGGGGCACUGACAACAUCCAUAGUGCAGAAGGAGGCAGAUGAGGACCCAGGGGUCAAAAUUGUGAUCCAUCUGGAUAAGCCUGGAUUCAAAUCUGAAACAAGCUAACACACAGACCAAAGGAAGGAACAAAAAAGUUUUCUAAUAAUAUAGAACAUUUAUGGUGUGUAUGUAGACCCUAGAUUUUCAAAGCACUUCUUUACUGUUCAACAAGAAAGGUCAGAUCCACAAGACUAAAGGGCCAGACCAACGUCUUGAAACAAACAGCUGAGCUAUAGUUGAAAGAAAGAUGACAUCAUUUCUAAUCCAGAGACGUUCAGUUUAUGGAAGAGAAAAAUAAGAAUGAAAGACUGGAGAAAAUAGAAUUGAAUAAUAAAAUAGUUGAUUUAUGAUUACUUGAAGGAUGCUGUGAAUAUCCAUCAUCAGAUGCCCUGAAUUGUCUCCUGCUACUGUGCAGGUCAAAGGCUAUGGGAAGCUUCAACACCAGUUUGGAUAAAGGUUUCGUUUUGGUGGGAUUCUCAGACUGGCCUCAGCUAGAACUCAUUCUUUUUAUCUACAUUUUGAUUUUCUACUCCUUAACACUCUUUGGCAACACCACCAUCAUUGCUCUGUCACAACUGGACCUUCGAUUACACACACCCAUGUACUUUUUCCUCUCCCAUCUCUCCUUCCUGGACCUCUGCUACACCACCAGCACUGUGCCCCAGCUUCUAAUCAAUAUUGAGGGGCAUGACCAUACCAUCACGUAUGGAAGGUGUGUGGCCCAGCUCUUCAGUGUCCUUGCCCUGGGCUCCACGGAGAGUAUGCUUCUAGUGGUGAUGGCCUUUGACCGCUACGCUGCUGUGUGUCGUCCACUCCUCUACACCACCAUCAUGCAUCCCAUUCUGUGUCAGGCGUUGGCCAUGUCAUCAUGGGCAGCAGGCCUCGUCAACUCUCUGAUCCAGACAGGCCUCAUGAUGGCCAUGCCUCUCUGUGGCCAUCGGCUGAAUCACUUCUUCUGUGAGAUGCCUGUGUUCCUCAAGUUGGCUUGCAAGGACACGGCUGGAACAGAGGCCAAGAUGUUUGUGGCGAGAGCCAUAAUCUUGGUUUUCCCUGCGACAUUGAUUCUAGGAUCCUAUGCACACAUUGCCAGGGCUGUGUUGAAGGUCAAGUCAAUAUCUGGCCGCAGAAAAGCUUUUGGGACUUGUGGGUCACACCUCCUUGUGGUUUCCAUGUUUUACGGCUCAACCAUCUACACGUACUUGCAACCAAAUGACAGUUAUUCUGAGAAUGAGGGAAAGUUUGUUGCUCUUUUUUAUACUAUCGUCACCCCCAUGCUCAACCCUCUGAUCUAUACCCUGAGGAACAAGGAUGUGAAGGGGGCUCUGUGGAAGGUGCUAGGGAGAGGCACAGACUCAAGGUAGUAAAUAAAUAAAUAAAUAAAUAAAUAAAUAAAUAAAUAAUUUCUUUCUGCCAUGGCUCCAGGAUACCUGAGCCCUUUGGUCAGUCUAGAAAACAAUCCUUAUUGACUUGUGGAGAAGAAAAGUUUUGUUGAAAAAGAGAGGGAGAUGAAAAAAGAUAACGUUAAAGAUAAUUUUGAUAAAAUGAUCAAAGUUCAAUAUAUAUAUUUAUGAAGCUGCCAAAAAUAAUAAAUCUGCCCUCAGUAGACACCAGGCUUGGUGUUUUCUUUGGAAGAAGCUGAAAGUGAGGUGUUCCUAUGGUGCAUGUUAGGUAAAUGUCUGGUCAUUGCUCAGCAUUGUAACACGGCUUCCCACUCACCCCCCCCACACACACACAAACUGUAGUUUGGAAGAGUGCGCUGUGAGGGGCUGUGGAGGGGGUGUCUGAGAGUGAGAGAAUUAACUCUGAAUGGCUCUCUGCAAAGUCAUGCUGCUGCAUAGUUGGCAGUAUGACCCAAGGCAGAGGACAUGAGUUUACUGGUUUUUUCUUUUGUUUUUGUUUUUAAUUUUUUGAUGAUCCUGUCAGAUUCUUGCUGUAGGAGAGUCCACUUCAAAGGUUUCUUACACUGUUUAUUAUUUCGUGAUACUUGGAGAAAGUGAUCAGAUCAUAAACAGAGCUGCUUUAUAGAAUUUGUGACUUUCAGACACGAGUUCAUUUACUUAAAUGCAGAAAUCUCAAAGCCUGCCUCUAGUGACACACCUCCUCCCAUAAAGCCACACCUCCUGAUUCUUCCCUAAAAGUUUUAUCAAAUGCAGACCAUGUAUGCAGAUCCAUGUACCUAUGAGGGCUAUUCUCAUUCAGAGCACCACAGCUUCCCAUUGAUGCCCUUGGUAUAUUUGCUAAAAAGCCAAGGACUUUGCUAUCAUCUAUGCUUGAGUUUACACCUUCCUGGAACUCCAAGGGGUCAAAGCAUCUACAUAACCUAAGCCUCAGUUUCCUUUCCUGUAAUGAGCAUGAUAUCGAUGACCUUAUCAGCCUUUAUGUGUAAUGUGUAUCAAAUAAAUGUUAAUUCUCA